UCAGUAAAAAAGCCAACGAAAAAAAAGUCGUCAGAAAAAAAAAUCAUCAGAAAAUAAUUUUGCAAUUAAUUGUAUUUAUUACAAAGUUUAAAGCUAUAAAUUUAGUUUAAUUCUCUUCUUAAAACUAUAACUAUAUCAAAAAUGUCGGCAAUGUCACCCGAAUAUGAUUAUUUGUUCAAGUUGCUUUUGAUCGGCGAUUCAGGCGUUGGAAAGUCUUGUUUAUUAUUAAGAUUCGCCGAUGACACCUACACAGAGAGUUAUAUAAGUACCAUCGGUGUUGAUUUUAAAAUCAGAACAAUUGAAUUGGAUGGAAAGACAAUUAAACUCCAGAUCUGGGAUACAGCGGGACAAGAGAGAUUCCGUACAAUUACUUCCAGUUAUUAUCGUGGUGCGCAUGGUAUUAUCGUAGUGUAUGACUGUACGGAUCAAGAAUCAUUCAAUAAUGUUAAACAAUGGCUUGAGGAAAUUGAACGUUAUGCAUGUGAAAAUGUAAAUAAACUUCUCGUAGGCAACAAAUGUGAUCUGACGACAAAGAAAGUCGUGGAUACAACUACUGCUACGGAAUAUGCCAAUCAACUUGGAAUUCCAUUCCUUGAAACGUCAGCAAAGAAUGCCACGAAUGUCGAGCAAGCGUUCAUGACGAUGGCAGCAGAAAUUAAGAAUCGCGUGGGACCACCAUCAAGUGCUACAGACACAACAAAGAAUGUUAAGAUUGACACUGGACGUCCUGUAGAAGGAAAUAAGGGUGGAUGUUGUUAAAUAUCCAAACUUCAAUCGUCUGUCUAUGAUUAUAAUUUUCUCCCACACUUUCCAUUCUUGAAUGUUUCACACACAACACGUGCGUCCUCUCUCCAUCCUUAGUUGUUUCUUGAUUUUAUUACAAUAUUUUUUUUUAUUAUGUUCACGAGCACUUGUGUGCAUGGAGCAUAAGAAACUGUUUCGUUAAAAUUCCGCGAAUCAAAAUUUAUACAAGGACAUGCUUUAGCCUUUUUCCUUUGCGUCUAUCUAUCCUUACUGCUGUCCAUUUAAGCCAAUUGAACAUUAAUCUACAUAAAUAUAUAUAUUUUUUUGUAUCAUGCUAUUGAUAAAAGGUUUAAGCUUCGGCUGGUUUUUUUUUUGUAUUUGUCUAUCUUCUCUGCUGCACAUUCAUAAUAACAACCAUUAUGAUUACUCCUGCA